AGGUGUCCUUAAUGUUUUGUGCACUCAGUGUAUAGCUGUGCUACAUUACAUGGGCCUCACGAGCCUGACAAUGGCUUAUCCCGCUGUCUGCUGGAGAAUGGGAUGAGAGAACCUUUCACAUACACAAGCCCCUCCCACACUGUCACUCAGGUAUAAGUCCCUCCCAUCCCCCCUAUAAAGCCUCUCAUUUGGCUGUGUACACUCAGACUAAUAGGUAACUCUAUAGCCUUGAAAAAGACCUCGCCAACUGGAUAGAUUGAAUGUAUGCAACUGGGAGCCAUUGGGAUACAUACUACUCUUUUUCCUCACAACCUCCCGGUGAAGUAAAAUUGUUUUGAGACUGAGGUUCUAGCCAAUAUGAAAGUGGCUCUUCAAACCACCAUCUGCUUGUGUGUUCUAGCCACAAUUUUACCUCUGGUGAAAGGCACCAAAGUUGGCCUCAACUUCAACUUGAAAAAGAGAUUUAGAGGCUGGCUACCGAGUCGCUUGAGAGCAGUUCUCCACAGCAGCUCUGCCUUAGACUCAGGGAUCCUCAGUGGACCAGGGCAGAGAGAGGAGACAGACUCCCCUGUAUUUCAUUCCAGGUCCAGAAGAUCCAUUGUGACCUCAGUGAAAAGACCUGGCUGUUCUCUGGGAACAUGCACCCUGCAAAACCUGGUCCAUCGGCUGCACAUCCUCAACAACAGGUUAAAGGUCAACAGAGCCCCGGAGGAUAAGAUCAGCUCGCAGGGUUACGGUCGCCGCCGCCGCAGGACUCCCACAGCUCUAUGCUUUGCCAACUCUCCAAGCAGGGAGAUUGAGAUUGGGCUGGAGCAGCGAGAGCCGCUAAGGAAUCCAUCUACAGGCCACCCUGUUCAGACAAACUUGAGUCAGGCAGAGAAGAGGAGUGUCAAUCUAGUGAAUGCCAGGUGUUUUUUUGGCUGGCUGAGAUACUGCUGAGGUCCUAUUCCUGACCAUUCCCUUCCUGUGUGGGGGAAAGGAUGGACAUAGUCAAUGGAGUAGGAAAUGAAUUUCAUGCCACUGUGGAUGAAAGAAAGCAGUGAAAGAGGGAAGCGAUAAGAAGUGUCUGGAUUCUUUCAGUCCAACAUUUCUAGUGUUAAUUCAGGCCAUACAUUAACACUCAUUGGUGUAAAACACCAAGUGUUGGUUUUAAUAGCCAGAGUUAAACCAAAACCACGCCCAUUAUUAUCAUAUUUGCUAGCAUCCUCUAUUGCAGGUUAAUUUUUAUUGUUUCAAUAGCUAUGUUUUUGUAUGUACAUUAAUUAAUCUUAUGCUUCUCAAAUAUAAAUAACAUUUUUUCUAAUCCAAUCUGUUACUUGAUCUUAUUGCACCUGUUACUGAAAUGGUUGUUCCUUGUUUCAUAUGUUUAUCUUCCCAACCCAGCUGUCAUUUUUAAUUCAGGUUGCAGGUGAAUACAAAUUCCAAAUGCUGGAUAUUCUCACUAGCUGGAUUCCAAUUGGAAUUACAUAGAACCCAAACUGGCUGUGCGCGUGCGCCAUCGUGCAUAAAUGUAUUUUGUCCCCCCCCACACCAAACGCGAUCACGACAUGCAGGUUAAAAUAUCAAAACAAACUCUGAACCAAUUAUAUUCAUUUGGGGACAGGUCGAAAAGCAUUAAACAUUUAUGGCAAGCUAGCUAGCUUGCACUUGCUAGCUAAUUUGUACUUUUUAGCUAGCAUGCUGUUGCUAGCUAAUUUGUCCUGGGAUAUAAACAUUGAGUUAUUUUACCUGAAAUGCACAAGGUCCUCUACUCCGCCAAUUAAUCCACACAAACGGUCAACCGAAUCGUUUCUAGUCAUCUCUCCUCCUUCCAGGUUUUUUCUUCUCUUGACUUUAUUUUGCGAUUGGCAACUUUCAUAAAUUAGGUGCCUUACCGCCACCGACUUCGUUUGUCUUUCAGUCACCCACGUGGGUAUAACCAAUGAGGAGAUGGCACAUGGGUACCUGCUUCUAUAAACCAAUGAAGAGAUGGGAGAGGUAGGACUUGCAGCCCGAUCUGCAACAGAAAUAGAACUGACUUCUAUUUUAGGCCUUGGCAAUGCAGACGCUAGUUGGCACGCACGAGCAGUGUGGGUGCAAUAAUUGAAAAACAGAUUUCUAAAUGUAUUUUGCAGCUCACGCAAAAGAGGACCUAUAAAAAUGCUAUUAAUUUUCAAAUUCAACAUAUACCACCAAAAUCAGUUCAAAACUAAAUCAAUGGUGGUGAGAGAAGCGUUGUACCAGAAAUACUGUAUUUGGGACUACAAAGAUCUACAAUGUUUGGUUAUCAAGGCCUUGGAUUCUGUAUUUUCUGCUCAUUGAUACUGUACUUGAACUUGAGUUUGUGUACAUAUCGAGAGAAGUGCAAUUUAAAUAUGAGUACAUAGUGCAUUCGGAAAGUAUUCAGACCCCUUAACUUUUUCCAAAAUGUUUUAAGUUACAGCCUUAUUCUAAAAUUGUUUAAAUUGUUUCCCCACAAUCAAUCUACACACUAAAAACAGGUCCUGUACAAAGAAAUCUUUGUAAAUGUAUUAAAAAUUAAAAAUUGAAAUAUUACAUUUACAUAAUUAUUCAAACCCUUUACUUUGUUGAAGCACCUUUGGCAGCAAUUACAGCCUUGUCUUCUUGGGUAUGAUGCUACAAGGUUGGCACAGCUAUUUUCAGGUCUCUCCAGAGAUGUUCGAUUGGAUUCAAGUCUGGGCUCUGGCUGGGCCACUCAAGGACUUUCAGAGUAUUGUCCCGAAGCCAUUCCUGAAUUGUCUUGGCUUGUGCUUAGGGUCAUUGUCUCCAGUCUGAGGUCCUCAGCACUCGAGAGCAGGUUUUCAUCAAGGAUCUCUGUACUUUGCUCCAUUCAUCUUUCCCUCAAUCCUGACUAAUCUCCCAGUCCCUGCCGCUGAAAAACAUCCCCACAACAUGAUGUUGCUGCCAUUCACCGUAGGGAUGGUGUCAGGUUUCCUUCAGACAUGACGCUUGGCAUACAGGUUAAGAGAUCAAUCUUGGUUUCAUCAGGCCAGAUAAUCUUGUUACUCAUGGUCUGAGUCCUUUAGGCGCGUUUUGGCAAACUCCAAGCGGGCUGUCAUGUGCCUUUUACUAAGGAGUGGCUUCCAUCUAGCCACUCUAACUGAGUGCUGCAGAGAUGGUUGUCCUUCUGGAAGGUUCUCCUAUCUCCACAGAGGAACUCUGGAGCUCUGUUAGAGUGACCAUCAGGUUCUUGGUCACCUCCCUGACCAAUGCCCUUCUUCCCCGAUUGCUCAAUUUGGCUGGGCGGCCAGCUCUAGGAAGACUCUUAUUGGAUCCACAGAAUUGUUUUGGUACCCUUAUCCACAGGUGGACUCCAGCCAGUCAAGUUGUAGAAACAUCUCAAGGAUGAUCAAUGGAAACAGGAUGCACCUGAGCUCAAUUUCGUGUCUCAUAGCAAAGGGUCUGAAUACUUAUGUCAAUAAGGCAUUUCUGUCAGGUUUUUUGAAAACCUGUUUUCACUUUGUCAUUAUGGGGUAUCAUGUGUCGAUUGAUGAGGAGGAAAAAUGAUUUUGUACAUUUUAGAAUAAGGCUAUAACGUAGGAAAAUGUGGAAAACGUCAAGGGAUCUGAAUAUUUUCGGAAUGGACUGUACAUUACAUAUCUCAUAUGGAAUUAUUUUGAGGCCUAGUUUUACCCUAGUACAGUGGCCUGAUGCUCCUUGUUUACAGGCUACAUCAGGCAGCUAAACAACAUUAUUUUGGCUUGCAAAGGGAUGUGCAAUUUCAAUCGGAGUUCAGCUAGUGUUAAGCCAUCCCAACCGAUUUACCUGCAACCUGAAUUUAGAAUUACUAUCGGAAUUAAAAACAUUGAGAAAGGAAACUACCUAACUGGAACAACCGUUUCAGUAACAGGUGUAAUAAAUCUAAUUAAAUGAUUGUAUUCGUUUCAGAAAAAUGUAUGUUAUUCAUCUGUGUAUAGCAUAUGAUUUAUCAUUAAACCAUGUACAUGCAAAAAAAGAAAAUUAAAUAUAUCCUAAAAAAUAGAGCUACCGGCAUGCUGGGAAAUAUGAUAAUGAUGGCUGUGGUUUUGAUGGGAACAUUUUACUCCCCACAGAGUAAAACUGACAAAAUCGCACUCUGUUUAUUAACACCAACACUGGGGUUCUUUUACACAAAUGAAAAGUUCAUUUAACACUUACGGUGAUAAUUUAACACCUGAAUUAACACUAGAAAUGUUACACUGAAAAAUCAACACUUGGUAACCCUGGACAAUUUUCGGUGUAUGAUAUGAAAUAGAGUAUAACGGCUUUGUAACGUGUAUGAUUAGCAGUUGUGCAGUGUAGUACUGCAGUUUAAUGUGUCAAUAGCUACUUGGUCAUGUAUCAUGUUUAUGUGACGCUAAGCAUCAUGGUCAAACAUUAAAAUAUCCAUACACCUAAAGUUAUAUACAUGUUUUCCCUUCGCUUCAGCGGUUUCAUUCAGUGGAGUUAUGAAUAUUUUAAGUCAUGGUAAACAGACUGUGAUGAUCCUGCUCUUUGGAAAGUGGUGACAUUUGUUUGGCUGACCAAAUCUAAACAUGGUUACUGAAAACGCAAGUUAGAGAAGAAUUAGGCAAGGCAGCCUAAUUCUGAUAUUUUUUUCAUUAAUUGGUAUUUUGACCAAUCAGAUCAGCUCUAAAAAAAAAAGAUCUGAUGUGAAAAGAU